AUGAAUAACAGUUUACGCAGCAAGGUCCAUUCAGAAUUAGAGCAGCCAAUGGCUAGCACCACCUGUUGUCAGUUCAUCGCUGAAGUCAACCUUCGCCUCGUUUGUGUCGCUGAUUGGCUAAACUGGGUCGUUAAGCCAAUCAGUGACUUAGACUCCCGCACUGAGGAGAUAUUUGGAAACUUUAGACACUCGGAAGGAAAAGGACUUGACACUUCCAUUUCAUGGUACGUGUGUUUUGAAGAUGCGCAGGGCUGGGUGUGGUCUGGGCAGGCGCUGGUGCUGGUGCCCGUGUACUCUGUCAUGCUCCUGCUGGCGGUCGUGGGCAACGCUCUGGUGAUGGUGACGUUGCUGCAGAACAAACGCAUGCGCACCGCCACCAACCUCAUGCUCCUGAACCUGGCCAUGUCUGAUCUCCUGCUGGGAGUGGUAUGCAUGCCCUUCACGCUCACGGGCUUCCUGCUGCGGGACUUCGUCUUCGGCGCCGUCAUGUGCAGGGUCAUCCCCUACCUGCAAGCCGUGUCAGUCUCCGUGUCAGCCUGGACGUUGGUCGCCAUCAGUGUCGAGAGAUACUACGGCAUCUGCUUCCCCCUGAGAGCUCGGAGGUGGAGAUCGCUACGCCACGCCCACUGCAUGAUCAGCGUGGUGUGGGCGGGGUCUCUUCUUGCCAUGAUGCCCAUUGCAGCGACGUCCACUCUGUUGCCCAUGAAGGAAACGGGUCGCCACAAGUGUCGCGAGACGUGGCCCACGGAGGUGCUCGAACAAGGCUACAAUGUGUUCCUUGUCGUCGUCCUGCUGGUGAUCCCGCUGGUCCUGAUGCUCGCCGCCUACUGCAGGAUCUCGAGAGUCCUGUGGAGAGACAUCCGGGAGGAGGGAAUGCCGCAGGGAGUCGUAGCUGAGUGUUGCGAGCUGGAGGAGGAGACGGGGCCCUCCUCCCCCCCUCCCUCUACCCCGCCGAUCUCUACGCCCUCCCCCAACAUCUCCACCAAAACAGCCACCACCUCCAACAGCUCACCUGGCGGAGGGAGCAGCGGCAGCAGCAGCAGUCAGGUCAGACGCAAGGCGCUCCUGCUUCGGACGUCGCGAUUCUACCGCCCGUCGAAGCAGGCGUCCUACAGCACCACUCCUGCAGGAAGCUCCCCGCAGCCCCCGCGUUGCUCCGUCACGACCAGCAUCCUGCGCAAAACGCAUCCCGAGAUCUCGCUGAGGAACAAGAAGCGCGUGAUCCACAUGCUGGCAGUGGUGGUGGUGGAGUUCUUCGUGUGCUGGACGCCCCUGUAUGUCGUCAACACGCUGGCUUAUUGGUUUCCUCAACACGUGUACCACUGGCUGGGCAUGGACGGCGUGGUGGUCAUACAGCUGCUGGCGUACUGCUCCUGCUGCUGCAACCCGCUCACCUACUGCUUCAUGAACCAUUCCUUCAGGAGGGCUUUCCUCAACGCCGUCGGCUGCGGGAAGGCCUCCCGCCGGAACAACACCUGUGACGACGCCAGGUUCAUCUCCAGGAAAAGCUAA